GUGGUCGUAGAACAGGCGAGGGUCGAAGCCGGAAAGACGAGAGAAAGUCCGUGAUCCAAGCUCGUGGUCGGUAACAGAUCGUUCUUGAUGUCCACUGCCCACACCCGAUUCUGACUUAAUGAGGUCUUGAUAAAAGCUAUUGAGGCUCAAAUGCCCUCUCGUUGGACUGUCCUUUGUCUUUUUCCUCAGAUUCUGAAGUUGACACACUUGGAGAGAAGACUGCUGUAAACAAACUGGGAUUUAAAGGCCUCAUCUCACUUCAGUUUGACUAAAAUGUCAUCAUCUGUUUCUCUUCACGAUAAAAACCAUUGCAGAGGAAGUACUACAGAAAUGGACAAGAAUAAAAUUCACUGCUCACUGGAGGGGGAAAAUAUUGCUAUGCAGAAUAAUAUUCCAGAUCACCAGCGCGUUCACAUUAAAGAAAAGACAUAUUGCUGCUUACUAUGUGGGAAGAGUUUUUCCCGCCUAGAUAAUCUCAGAAAACACAAACAGAUUCACACAGGAGAGAAACCAUAUUACUGUUCACAUUGUGGGAGGAGUUUUGCCCAGAAGCAUACUCUCACAGACCAUAAACGGAUUCACACAGGAGAGAAACCGUAUUACUGUUCACAAUGUGGAAAGAGUUUUGCCCGGAAGAGUACUUUGACAAAACACAAACGGAUUCACACAGGAGAGAAACCAUAUUACUGUUCACAAUGUGGGAAGAGUUUUGCCCAGAAGCAUACUCUCACAGAACAUAAAAAGAUUCACACAGAAGAGAAACCGUAUUACUGUUCACAAUGUGGAAAGAGUUUUUCCCAGAAGAGUUCUUUCACAAAACAUAAACGGAUUCACACAGGAGAGAAACCGUAUAACUGUUCACAAUGUGGAAAGAGUUUUUCCGGGAAGUGUACUCUCAUGAGCCACAAACGGAUUCACACAGGAGAGAAACCGUAUUGCUGUUCACAAUGUGGGAAGAGUUUUUCACGGAAGUAUACUCUCAUUAACCACAAGCGGAUUCACACAGGAGAGAAACCGUAUUGCUGUUCACAAUGUGGGAAGAGUUUUGCCCAGAAGGGUCAUCUCACAGAACACACACGGAUUCACACAGGAGAGAGACCGUAUUACUGUUCACAAUGUGGGAAGAGUUUUGCCCAGCAGAGUAAUCUCACAGCACACGAACGGAUUCACACGGUAAAGAAACCGUACCAAUGCUCAGAGUGUAAGAAAAGUUUUACGGAUAGUUCUUCCCUCAAAAAACAUGAGCAUAUUCACAAAGGAUAGCGGCAUUUAUGCUCACAAAUAAUCACACAUGGCAGAGGCACAACAUACAGUGGUGUGAAAAACUAUUUACCCGAUUCCUGAUUCUG